AUGGUAAAAAAAAAACCGUCCGACGACCACAGAGCUCAAAACGUAAGACGACAAGAGAGAAACAAAAGAAAAAAGAACAGACGAACGCACAGAGCACAUAAUAAAUACACAAAGAUGCCUACCAUCUAUAGAAGGAAAGCGGGAAAUCGUCGUUACAUUGACUACACUAAAGAGCAGUUGGAGCAAUGUUUAAAUGACGUGAGAUCCAAGAUACGGACUCAACGGGCUGCUGCAGCUAAGUAUAUAAACAAAAAUGUGUUAGCAGCAUGCGAGGCCAACAACAUCAGUUUUAUCUGUUUACCUGCCAAUGCAACUCAUAUUCAGCCACUUGAUGUGGCAUAUUUCAGACCAUUGAAGAUUAAAUGGCGUCAAGUCUUGCUAGAUUGGAAAAAUACCCCAGAAGGAAGAAGACUUCCAACCGUGCCGAAGGAUCAAUUUCCUAGACUACUAAAAACUGCACUGGAUAGCAUGAAAGAAACCCAAAGUUAUCUCGUAAACGGGUUCAGUAAAACUGGCAUUUAUCCUCAGAACGUAGAAGAACCUUUGAGUAGAUUGCCAAGGCAAGACAGAAUUGUAGAUCUCAAUCUAAUUUCCGGCGGUUUUAUGCAAAAUCUGAAGCAAUUACGGAGUAACGAUAGCCCAAACCGAAAGAAUCAAGGCAAGAAGAAAAAGCUAGAUGUACCUGCUGGUCGAUCCAUUCGCUCAGAAGAUAUUUCAGACAGAGAACAAGCUAGUUCUUCAGGAGUAAGUAGAUCAGAUCCUAAGAAAAAUGCAAAGUCCAGGAAGCGAUUGAUUAGUGAGGUUUCCUCUUCUGAAUGCACUGACAUAGACAUAAGUUUGGUAUCUUCUACUGAAGAUCUCAUUCUGGCACGAGAUCAAUCUGAUGAUGAAGAGGACAACUUACGCCUAGCACCGCUUACAAAUCGCAAUCCCAGAAGCAACUAUGAUGGAAAUCUGGAGGCGCUUGGGCCAUCAGCUCAGCUACCAGAGCCCAUUCCUCCGGAUUGCAACACAAGGUUUAUUGAAGAUCCGCUUUUAAGAAACUGUUCGAAGUCUGACGGUCAAAGUUGCAGUAAUGAAGACGAAAAUAAAGAAGGCUCUGCCAAAUAA